AUGGACAAGCCUGCGGAUUUGCGUCUAUCGAGUGGUGAAGAUCUUGAGCCUCAGCCUAAGCCUACACGGCCCGCUACAGUAUUGAGUACCGUUAUACCACCGUCCGGUAGCACGUCUCAACACGCCACCAUGGACUCUAACAGGACUAUCCAUGAAGCUGGAGGGACCUUCUAUGCUGGGCCUCCAAAUGAUGACCCAAGGGUCACUUCGCAGUCAAGUCCUAAUAUCGAGCACAAGGCCAAGAGCCCGACUCUGGAAGAUACUUACUCUACCUACCGCGCCAUCAUUGGCUCCGAUGGGUCGUGCAUCCACGACACUAACUACUCUGAUUACACGGAAGUGCGUCUGACGUAA